UCCUUAACAAAUAAUGCCAUUUGGAGAGAUUAACGUUAACCUCUCCAAAUAUCUCUCUAAUAAAAAAACUUUUCUGUUCCUACCAACAACUGAUCAAGUAUCAAAAAUCUCCUCCGCAAAGGUUGUUGGUUUUUUCCUAACCGCUAAACCCCCUUUGUUUCUGAAAACCAACAAAACAAAACCACAUUCACUAUUUGUAUUGUAAUAACCCGUGUUCAUAUUUUGUCUUUCACUUUCACAUUCUCAUAAUCAUAUCAGAACUCUAAAAUGGGACAAGAAUCAGAUUCCAAAGCCAAGUUGGUGUUAGAAAUUUGCUCCAUUUCUACACGUUCUGCAUCUUGUGUUCAUAGGAUUCCAACCAAGACAAUUUUCAUUGACUGGUAUUGCAUUCUUGGAGUAGAAGAAAAUGCAGGAGUAAAUACCAUACGCAAAAGAUACCAUAAACUUGCCUUACAACUUCAUCCAGAUAAGAACAAACAUCCAAAAGCUGAAAUUGCCUUCAAACUUGUUUCUGAGGCAAAUGCAUGUCUAACAAAUGCAGCAAAGAGAGAAGCUUUCGACUUCGAGAGGUACAAGAAUUUCUGCAUUGAGUGCAAAAGAAUUCCAUAUACAUCAUCAGGCAAUGUUUCUGUCAAUUCAAGUGGUUCAGGUUUCAAGGCAUGGAAUAUUAUCACAAAAUCAAGAUCUUUUAAGUUUUGGAGAAAUAUUAAGGAUAUUAGAGAGAGAUUUAAUGAGGAGGCUAAGGUGGUUGAGAAUUGUAUGAGAGUAAAUUCAAUGUCAAGGAAUGAAUCUCCACUCUACAAUCCAGAUAGUUAUCUACAUAGAAGCAAGUCACAUAGAUUUGAGAAAGAAACGCCUGUUUUCAAUCCAUCUGACUACUUGUACCAAGGCUAUCCUCAUAUGAGAGGUCUUAUUAACAAGAAUCCUUCCGCAUUUUGGUAUUUGCAGACAUCUAGUAUGCUGCACAAUGAGAAGAGAGGAGCGCAGCAUAGCUCGCCUGUGUUUGAGGUCAAAUCAAGGAGUAUGUUUACAAACCAAUUUGCUUUUGUACCAUCAAGAUAUUAGCUUUUGAACAUUUUUACGUUCAAUUAAAGCAAUAUGAUUGUCUCAUUCUUGUUUCUUUAAAAGAUUAUUUACCUUUCA